AAGUUUCAUGAUGCCCUGAUGACGAAACUAAAUCAGAUUCUGAUUGGCUGAGAACCUGUGUACAAAUGUAACCCGAAAGGUUCAGGAAAAAAAUUCGCGGCCGGGGACUACGCCGAGCCCCCAAACUAUCAAUUCCAUCCUAAACCGUAGCGACACGCACUCUUUGUUCCCGCUACCCAAAGCGUAGACUCCCGGGGCAGUCCAUUGCGUCACCCUAAUUGAACAAUUGAAUCUCCAUAAUUAUGUUAGGGUGAGGGACGAGGCCGGUCCACUGCGUCCGGAGUGUACCCAAAGCGAAGAUGACUUCAUUUCCCAAUUUACCAUCGCUUCUCCAGACAACACCCGAUUCAACGAACCUGCAUGCGAGAUCGAUAGUGCAAGAUAGAGGAAUAUAUUGUAUAAACACAGCGUUCAGCUCGAAUUAACCGUCAAAAUGGGUCUUGGAGGAUGUUAUACGUGUAUACGUUAUUUGAUGUUUGCAUUUAACUUCUUGUUUUGGCUUCUUGGAUGUGCCAUUCUUGGUGUCGGCAUCUGGGUCCGUGUCGACCCACAAUUCAGUCAAUACAUUCAGCACGUCAACCUCAAGGAACUAUAUACGGCUGCGUAUAUCCUGAUUGCGGUCGGGGUGAUUAUCAUGGUGCUUGGAUUCCUCGGAUGUUGUGGCGCCAUUAGAGAGAGUCAGUGUAUGCUGGUCACGUUCUUCAUCUUUUUGUUUGUCAUCUUCGUUGUGUUGCUGGCUGCCGGAAUCUGGGCUGUGGUCAACAAGAAUAGCUUCAGGGACAAGGUGAACGAGUUCAUCUCUGAUGAUGUGAGGAAGACAAAGGCUGGAGAUGCAUUGGCCGAACAGAGGAUGGAUAACCUGCAGGAAAGUUUGAAAUGCUGUGGAGCGGGAAGCGUUUUAGACUAUGGCCUAUCACCGCCUAAAUCUUGCUUUGAAGAUAACAGUAAGAUUCCCUAUACUGAGGGAUGUACUGAUAAACUGUUUAAGUUUGUCUCGGAUAACCUGCUCGUUGUUGCUGGAGUUGCAAUCGGUAUUGGCCUCGUAAUGCUCUUCGGAAUGAUCUUCUCAAUGAUGCUAUGCUGCUCCAUCCGCGACACGAAGGGGUAGACAGCAACAAGAGUACCGGAUGCAGCGAGAAAAUGAAUGGCAAUGGGCGAUUUAUAGUCUCAUUUGAAUUCCAUUGUGUUGGAAUUUUGAAGCGGAAACCUCAGACUUUAUCAUGCUAUGCUGAACAAACUGAACAGGGAGUUUACCGUUUUAUUCGUAUUUCAUGAAUUUGAUGACAGUGAAUAUAAAAGGGCAUUUGUUUAUUCAGAUAUAUCCUUAUAGGUAGUUACACUAUUUUCAUGAAGGGCGGUAUAAUUCAGUCCAAGUACCUAAUACCAGCCUUCAGCACCUACUUGCCUUUAUCGAAAAAUUGGUGCCAUUUUGUAACCAAUGUUUUCCCAAUUUUGUAUCAGGAGGCUGUUUCGUUUUUCUCAUAUCUUUGCAUGGUAGAGUCUGAGGUAAAAUGUGCUUGAGAGGCAUGUAUCACAACCAGAAAAAUCUGGCUCGAAUUUUAAAAGUUUGGAAAGGAUAUUUUGGGUUUUUUUCUCAUUACGAUCACAACUAUCAUACAGAUUAUGAGGAAUUGUAUAGAUAGUGAAAGGAUUUUAAUUUCAUAUUGACUGCUUUACUUGAACAGAAGAUUCUUGUUAUUACUGUUAAAGUAUGUUUUUAAACCAGGCUUUAGGAUAUUAUAUGAUAAUAUGAAUACAAGUUGUUGAAUUAUCAAAAUGCUUCCUGUUACAUGAAAAUGUAACAUUCUUGAGUUGCUUGAUCUGUUGUCGAAGUUUUUGACUUCUGAGUGAAUUUCACCUGAUCAGUGUAUAGCCUACCUUUACACCUCUAUUGCCCACGGAGAUGUAGCUUCUCUUCAAAACUGCGACACAGAUCAGUUAACAAGAUCGGCCUGAUGAUCAUGUGGACAAAGGGGUUCCAUUUCGAUACACGCAUUGUGGAAUUCCAUGUCAUGACUUGUUGCAUUUUGAUAUGGACAGAAGCCCAGGAGGUGGAGGGGGCAUUGUAUUGCUCCUGUGAAGAUCACUUUAAGCCACUAUCAACAACUUUGUUAUUUUCGGAAAUCUUUUGGAUGCAGUUUUAACAAUAUUUUUAAGUUGGUAAACAGAUCGAACCAUCAAGCACCAACAAAAUCUAGUUUUUGAUGCAAAUCUAUUUUUUAUAGCAUAAGCAGUAGACUGCUCUCACUUAAUAAAAUUUCUCCUCUACUAAAGUGCUAUUUGACGCCAUUUGUAAUAUGCAUUUAUUCAAAACCAGUCUAUCAGCUUCGUGCCAAAGAGUAAAAAAGUAUUUUAGGCUUCCAAUGAAGGGAAUACGCAUUUAAUUUUUAAGUACCCUACAAUGGGAUGUCCCACGUAACAAUCAAAGUAGGUUGAAGCAUGAAACCAACAAAAGUCAUUUUUUUCUCAUGGAGAAUAUUGCUGGUACAUAUUAUUAACAUACUUUCUCUGGUGCGCUUUGCCUUUACAUUAGUUUCUGAAAAUGUAUAUACUAUUAUACUUGUGCUUUAGAAUCAGAUGUUUAAAUGUGAAAUUAUGGGAUGUAUGUUCUUGUUUACAUCGUGUGGAGAUUUGUAGGUUUUUAGGAAGCCGGAUGCAGCUGAACUGUUGAUGAAUCUCAAAUCAGUCGACAUGACCCGAUUUGCAUAUUAAGUUGCACUCUCAGUCCAGUCUUUCAACAUAAAACUUUGUGACACGAGUCAGACGUUGAAAGCUUUAAAAUAUUGGCAGUGCUUCAUCUUCGCAAAAGUAGCGGAACGUGUGGAAUACGACCAAAUGUAUUUUCAGGAGAAUGAAUCGAGAGUGAUCUGUAUUCUGUAAAUAGUCCAUAUGUUUUCUAUUUACGCUAGGAACAUACUAGACAACACCUGGGUCCAAGGUUGGAGUUGGUGCUUCGAAAUUGGUGUUUUGUGGGAAACUGUGAAUAAACCUACCGGUAAAGUGUUGCACUAAAAUGACAUUAACUCAAUGGUCUUAUCUUCCAAAUGGAGAGGACAUCUUCCAUGUUUAAAGUACAUACUGGUUGAAUAUGGCCCACUCCAACUUGGGUUUUGAGAUGUAUUAUAGCUCUAUAUUCAUGUUACCGUACUAUAUUUGAUAUAUCCCCGUCCGUGUAUCCAUCCCUGGCUAGUUCUGUUCUUAGAUGCCAGGGGUCACUAUCUGUUUGUAGAUUGAAGAUUGGUGUUGGUUGCACUGUCAAUUUUAGUCCUGAAUAUUAGCGGGUUACUGAUUCUGGGCAUACACGCCAAAAAUGCUUCAACCUCACAUCACACUCAGCAUAUACGAAAAACCAAUGUCUGGAUGGGAAAAAACUUGAGGGAAAGUUAAUCGGAAAGACAUUUCCUACUUUCUGAAACAUUUGUCUGAUUCAGUAGACAAUAUUACCUUCAAUCCAAAUACUGGUGCUGAGGCUGCAGAGUUGACCCCAAAAUGUAAAUGUAAUGUUCAGAAUCUGUAGUAUCCCGAGACUGUUGGCAUGCUGUUCUGUUCCUAUAUCAUUUCAGGCUUGUUUCUCACGAUGCGUAUGCUUCCUGUCCUAUGCCCUGUCCAGCUCCUUCACAUCUUUGCACUCUAUGUACAACAAUGGUGCAGUCCUGUUCAAAACAAAGGUGUCUGUUUUAACGCCAUUAAGUCACACUCUCCAUGAUGCGGACGCCACCUAAAAAGAUGACAGGGAACCUGUGAUUGAUUUGCCGUGGAUGCCAGGCCAGUAAAAACAACGGUUCAUUCAAUCUGGGGGGUGCAAUGCAGCGCUGUUGACCAGGAUAUUUCCAUGGCGUUUGUGAAAAUAUUUAGUGCUGCCACCUUUUAGAGUCGUCUACUGAGAGAGAACUGAAUCCAGUUUGAGCACCAUCCUGUAUCUAUUAUUAUUCUGGUGCUUAUUACAUACUUUAGUGUGUUCAUCAUCAUGAUGAUUCCGCCUGAGAUUGUGGUAUGUUUAAACGUAUUUUGCUUUUACAUGUCAAACAGGUCAAGGACUGGUUAUUCUCAAAUUUGAGUGCACAUGAAUUUCAAAUCCAGAGUCAUUAGAUUGGGUAACAACUGAAUUUUUUUUGCAUCAUAAUAUAUCGAAAUCUUGAACAUAAUGUAAGGAACAACAUUAUGUGUCAUCUUGUGGAAACCGACAUGUCCAUUGUAAAUGUCUUAUAUGUCUGGUCAAAACCUUAAAUUUAGGUCAUAAUCAUGUUAUAGAUUAUAGCAAUUGUUAAAAACAUACUAUGUGUGCCCAUUUGCGUUUUUAGCAUUAAAAAAAUUAUAUCCAAUGGAUGACUCAACCAGAAAAAUGGAGGCCUCUGAGACGCUCUCUGACAACUGAAGUAGGUUGGUACCAGCUCGGUUGUGGCCUCGAGGUGCUGUUGGAAAAACAUCUAAUAAAGUUGGGGGGGUGUCUUGAUACGUUGAGGCAUCCAAGGUGCGCCAAGAUCAACAUCUAUAAAAGGUUGGGUCUUUAAUUUUUGUUUUCGCCGAGUUUUGUGCUGUAUGUGUUUGUGUUUCAUUUAAGCUAGCCAUAAUAUUACCACCGUGUACUUUUUCGAUACUUUCGAAUAAAGGUUUUCAUUAAACAAGA